CUCUCGGUGUCAGAUAACUGUCAAAAGAAAUAGCUUUUAUCCAUAGCUUUUCGUUUACUAUAUCAAUAAAAUUUUGCUUCAGAUGUGUAAAUAGAUAAUUGUAGUACAACAUGGCAUUUCUCGAGUGGAGACGCUUCAAUUUCUUCGAUCUUAAAAAAGAAGUUGACGGUGGAAAAGUAGCCACGGCACUUGGUGAUGCUCAAGUAACAGCAGCUACGAGCGGUAAUGGAACUUUAGUGUUCGGAGAUAAUACAGGCAAUGUGCAUUUAGUAAAUAGAACUUAUGACGUUAUCACAUUUCGCGCUUAUGAUCUUACAUUAACAUUAGCUCAACAAGUUCAACAUUCCACUUUUCUAUUCACCAUUGGUGAAGAUGAACCAGGUUGUAACCCUACUAUAAAGGUAUGGAAUUUAGCUAAACCAGAUAAACAAGGCAAUCCAACAUGUGUCCGUAUAAGUAGAGCUAUACCAAGUUACAGAGGAGUUCCUGCAACUGCUCUGUGUGUGCAUACUAGUCUUACAUUAAUGGCUGUUGGUUUUGGAGAUGGUUCUAUUAUGCUUUAUAGGGGUGAUUUAACUAGAGAAAGAAGGAACAAGAUAAAAGUUUUAAAAGUUACCAAUGUUUCCAUUACUGGUUUAGCAAUAAGAUCUAGUGGCAAACAAAAUCAUUUAUUUGUUGCCACAACAAAUAGUGUUUUUUUAUAUAAUAUUACUGUUAAGGAUAAAGAAUUUAAAUCCCCCUUAGACACUAUGGGUUGCGCUAGAAAAUGUAGUGUUCUUGCAGAAUCCAUGCAAGAUAGUCAUUUCAUGAUUGGUCGUAAUGAUGCAAUUUAUUGUUACACACCAGAUGGUAGAGGUCCUUGUUAUGCAGUAGAGGGUCAAAAAAUUAUGUUAGAAUGGUUCAGAAGUUAUCUUGUUAUUAUAGCAAAAGAAGCUGCUAAUGUUCCAAGAACAACAACUACUAUUUCUGCGAAACCAAGUACUAUAGAACCAAUACCUCCAGGUGUAGAUAAACAUAUGAUCACAGUUCUCGAUAUACAAAAUAAAUUUAUUGUAUUUUCUGCAUCAAUGUUGUCCGUACAAGCUGUUCUAUCAGAAUGGGGUGGAUUUUUUAUACUCAGUGGUGACAAUAAACUUUAUAACUUGGAUGAAAAAGAUUUGCAAUCGAAAUUAGCACUACUUUUCAAAAAAAAUUUAUAUGAUGUAUCUAUAAGAAUAGCUAAAAAUCAACAAUAUGAUGCUGAAGGACUUGUUGACAUAUUUCGACAAUAUGGCGAUCAUUUAUACUCAAAAGGAGAUCAUAAUGGAGCAAUAGAACAAUAUAUUAAAACUAUUGGAAAAUUAGAACCAUCGUAUGUAAUUAGAAAGUUUUUAGAUUCUCAACAUAUAGAUAAUCUAACAACUUACUUACAAGCUUUACAUAAAAAUGGACAAGCAACAGAAGAUCAUACAACUUUACUAUUAAAUUGUUACACGAAACUUAAUCAUACAGAUAAAUUAAAAGAAUUUAUUAUGACAAAAGAUAGAGAGGUUGAUUUUGAUGUUGAAAUUGCAAUAAAAGUUUGUCGUCAAGCAUCACCGGAAGAUGCCUUAUUACUUGCACAAAAACAUGGUCGUCAUGAAUGUUAUCUUCGUAUUCAAAUAGAAGAUAAACAGGAAUAUAAGAAGGCAUUAGAAUAUAUAGCAACUUUAGAAUUUGAAGAGGCAGAAUCUAACAUGAAAAAAUAUGGUAAUAUUCUUAUAGAAAAUGUACCAGAUGAAUCAACUCAAUUUUUAAAAGCUUUAUGUACUAAUUAUAGGCCUUCCAAUAAACCACUUGUAGAUCAGGAAACAUUGUAUGGUAACAUAUGUCAAGAUGUUGAUAAAGCUAAUCCAGAAGAUUUUAUUCAUUUGUUUUUAAAUAAUUCAGAACGUCUUGUAGAAUUUUUAGAACAUUUAGUAAAAACUCAUAGCAAAUGGAGUACUUUGGUAUAUAAUACAUUAGUAGAGCAUUAUCUUCAUGUAUGGUCGGCUUUGAAUGAUGAUGUAACAAAAGUACAAUAUGAACAAAAAAUUGUUCGACUUUUACAAAAUUCGGAAGCUUGUUAUGAUAAAGAUCAAAUAUUAAUCUUAUGCUAUCAACAUAAUUUCAAACGCGGUUUACUUUUUCUUUACGAAGAAAAUAAAUUAUAUCAGGAAAUAUUACGAUUUCAUUUACGUGAAGGAGAUAAUGAGCAAAUCUUAGCUACGUGCAAACGAUUUGGACAUCAAGAUCCAAAUUUAUGGGUUCAAGCUUUAUGGAGUGUUGCAAGAAGUAAAGAAGCACCAGCUAAACUUCUUGCAGAUAUAUUAGCAUACAUAGCUCAGGAAAGAUUAUUAUCACCAUUGAUGGUUAUUGAUGCAAUUUCUACUUCACUUUCCUGUACCUUGGGAGAUAUAAGAACUUAUUUAAAUAGCGUAUUAUUAACAGAACAUAAACAAACUCAAGCAGAUAUGGAAUUGACUGAAAAAUACCGAGCAGAUACUCAAAAAAUUCGAGAACAAAUAGAAUCAAUUAAAAGUAGUACUAUAAUCUUUCAAGGAUCGCGUUGUAGUGCUUGUCAUCAUCAAUUAGAACUUCCCUCGGUACAUUUUAUGUGUCAGCAUUCAUAUCAUCAACAUUGUUUUCAAAGCUUUUCGGAAAAUGAAAAUGAAUGUCCAGCUUGUUUACCAAAUAAUAAAAAAUUGUUGGAUAUUAUAAAAGCGCAAGAACAAUCGAAAGAUCUUCACGAAACAUUUCAUAGUCUAUUAGAUCGAGCAGAAGAUCCAUUUUCAUUAGUUGCUGACUAUUUUGGUCGCGGAGUCUUUAAAAAAUUAAUGGUGAUCACUGAUAAUGAUAAAUCAUUAUCUACAUUUGAGGAAUCAAAAUUGAAUUAUGGACCAGGUGCAGAAGCUAGAAUCAGAUUAACAGAAGGUAAAACUACAACGUUAGGAAAAACUGAAAUUCGUCGUCCUUAUGAUAAUUUUUCUACAAUAACGGAUGAUCGAUUGCGAUCAUUUCCAAAAUCAGAUCUUUAUUCUUCGUCCUUAGAAGCAAAUAUCUCUGGUACAGCCAGUGACAUAUCUACUCCACGAGGAAAUUCAAGAAAAGCUUCUCCAAUACCUAUACGAGAAGCUCGCAUUCUAAAUAGUACAACGCCAAAAUCAUCGCCAAUUCAGAAAUCUUACAUACCACCGAAAACACCAAUUGUACCAUCUAAUCCAUUUGGAACAGAUGAUUAUGAUGAAUCAAAAAAUCCAUUUUCCGAAGAUAAAGAUGAUGACACUAAUCCUUUUAAAGAUAACGACGAUACAAAUCCAUUUAAUGAUGACGACGAUGAUUAUAACAAGAACUUAAAUCCUUUUGGUAGAUAAAUUGCAUUUAUUAUAUUCAUCUGUUCAAUCAUUAAAUUUAUGAAUCAUUAAAUAAGAAAAUCAUGAAAAAAGAUAUUGUAAAUGUUACUAUCACGUAUGAAAGUGUAAAUUCAUAUUAGUUUUUAUCAAUAUAAUUAGAGGACAGUAUAAUUCUUGUUAGAGGACACAAUCUAAAUGUACCAUGAAUUUUUUAUUAUUUUUCCAUUUUAUACAUCAUGUAUAAUAUUAUUAUACAUCGUAUAAUAAUGAUAUUUUUGGUGCUUCAUGA